GGCUGUAAGCAUUUCCUCCAGGCCAGCGCGGCGCGAUCCCGGGGAGGGUGGCUGUGGGCAGACUCCGCGCUGCGCCCCGCGGUUCCGCACCAUGCGGUCGCUGCUCUGCGCGCUGGCGGGGCUCGCCAUGCUGCGCGCCUCAGGCGCCCUGGCCGCUGCUGAACCCCCCAGUUCCUCCCGAGGAGACCUCUCUUGGAGCCCAGGCUGCAACAGGCAUGUGGCUGUCCAAAGCCGUCUAGAUGCCAUGGAAGAGACAGUGGAGAAGACCGUGGAACACCUGGAGGCGGAAGUCACAAGCCUGCUGGGCCUGCUGCAGGAGCUGGCUUGGAACCUACCCCCGGGGCCCUUCAGCCCUGCGCCGGACCUCCUCGCCGAAGAUCCCUUCUGAUCACCGGAGAUGGCGGAGCCCAGGCGCGGGAGAUAAUCCGUCUGGGAAUACCAUCCCCAGAACCCACCCAGCCAGGUCUUCUCGCCUUCCUGCCCCACCUUUGCGUGAAAUAAAGCUGCUGCUUGGGCCCCUGGGUUUGCUGACAGUGAUCUCUGGACCACGGCCCGAGCUCCUUCUGCUACAUGCCCCGAAGCUCACCUACAGCUCUAGGCUCAGCCCUGGGUGUUCUAUCCUUCUGGACUUGAGUCCUUUUUAUUUAUAGGGACAGAGAAGGCAGAUGAUGGGCCACAGAGGUGAGGCACCUAAGACCCAGAACCGUAACAGCACGGAAGGCCCUUUAAGUAGCCUUGCUGCUCAAACUGGAAAUACACCAUCUGCUUCCCAACCAGCCCCACCCACGCCUAUCAGAACGUGGUCUUCCAGAGAUUGUCUAGGGGGUUGUGUGUGCCCAUUCAGGCACCCCGUGCCAAUGCUGGCGAUCCACCAACUGGACCACUGUGUAUACCCUCAGCCUCUUAAAAUUUUUCUUCUUCUUGAGGUAAAAUUCACCGUUUUAAGCUGUACAAAUCCCAUGGCUUCCAGUGUGUUCACCCGGCUGUGACAUCAUCAAUACUAAUUCCAGAACAUUUUUCACCACCACUACCCCAAAAACCCUGGGCCUAGUCAGUAGUUACUAACCCCCCACCCCCACCCCCAGCCCUCUAGAAACCACUGAUCUCUGUUGUCUAUUGACUUUCCUAUUGUGAACAGGUUAUAUAUAAAUGGAAGCUUACAUUAUGUGCCCUUUUGUAUCUGGCUUCCGCAAGGCAGAUGGCUCUGAAGGUUGUAGCUCAUGUCAUUCCUUUAUUCCUUUUUAUGGCUCAAUAAUAUUCUAUUGUAUUGAUCGACCAGCAUUUGUUCAUUCAGCUGUUGAGUGUUUGGGGGGUUUCCCUGUUUUGCCUAUUAAAACAUUUCAUUCACAAUGCUUUUAUGAA